GGAAUAUCGGCGCUCGGUUUUGUGCCCUGAUCACUUCCUGUAUGAUGAGGAGUCCGCGCAUGCUCAGGAAGGACCAGGCUUUCUUGAGGAGCACUAUCUGCUGUUACACCGGCUGGUUGGCAAGAAGACGAUGUCCCAGGCAAUAUUCCAUGCUCCAAGGCGAAAGAGAAAAGUCUAUGAAUCCUAUGAGUCUCCUUUCCCCAUCCCUUUAUCUCAUGAUAGUUAUGCAAAGGAUUUCAGGAUCUGCCAGGCUGAUAUUAUUAAUAAUUUCAUCGUUGUGAAAAACCUGGAGGAUAUACUGCUGCUAUAUGGAAAGGGAUAUUUUGGGAAGGGGAUUUUGUCGAGAAGUAGACCUGAAUAUAACAUUGAGCAGGGUGAUCUGAGGGUCCGGUGGAAAGGACAUAAUCCUUCUAAAAUGAAACUACCAAUUAUUUCAUCCAAAAAAUACCAGCGCCACGUGGAGUGGGCUAGAAGUCUCUUGGAAGGGCAAGGAAUGGACAGGAGUUCUGCUGACAGGAUUCUUAGAGAUUAUUGCUCUCCGAUUGAUUUGCCAGAAGAUGAAGAUGAAACACUGGAUUCUGUGGACCUCAAAGCUCAGAAAGAAAUUAAUACUGCAGAUGAAAGAAAUAAGGUUUUGGAAGGUAACCCCCUUUUUGAUCCUUUAUCAAAGUAUAGCUCACAGGAGCUGGAAGCUCAGGAACCGUAUAUUGUACCAGAUAGAGAAGUUCUGGAGAAGAUGCAUUGUCAUAGACAUGAUGACUUGAUCGUACAUUGUGGCUGUAGGCCAGAAAAACAGACUGUUCAAGAUAAUGCUCCUGAGAAAAGUGUAAUCGAUGGGAAAGAGCAUGAAUAUGUCUUGGUGGAAGAGGAGCAAGACACUGCUGGUCUAAAGGAUGAAGAUGUGCAGGAGUACAAAAAUGUGACACACAAGCUUGUUUGCCGUAGAAAUCCAUUCCAAAUGUUUGAAUAUUUACAGCUCAGCCGCGAAGAGGCUUUCUUUUUGGUGUAUGCCUUGGGCUGUCUGUCAGUCUCUUAUAAAAAGGAACCUUUAACCAUACAGAAACUCUGGGAAAUUUUCUGUGCAGCACAGCAGAACUUUCAGACAGGUUAUAUGGCAUACCACCACUUCCGAAGCAAAGGCUGGGUGCCCAAAGUGGGACUGAAAUAUGGGACGGACCUAUUGCUAUAUCGAAAAGGCCCACCCUUCUACCACGCAAGUUAUUCUGUGAUUGUAGAACUUGUUGAUGCCAAUUAUGAAGGUUCCCCACUGCGACCAUUGACCUGGAAGUCUUUAUCUGGUCUUAACAGGACAACAAUGAAUGUGUCUAAGGAGUUGCUGAUCUGUUAUUUAAUCCAGCCUCAGGAUUUUACUGAAAAGGAAAUGAAGUCUCCAGAAUGCAUAAAAAUGUUUAAAGUGCAGGAAGUGAUUGUCAAUCGAUGGAUUUCAUCGCAGGAGCGAGCGGAGCAUGAAGAGUUGUAGAAUCAUGUAAAAAAA